AUGGGUAAAUUAUUGAGUUUGCUUGCUCGAGACGAUUCGAAUUGCUGUUCAUCGCCACGAUACGAUAUAUUUUUGGAUUUUGAGAAUGCUGCGCCCACUGAUACAGAGCGAGAUGUGUAUGAAGAAGUGCAAAGGGUUUUGUUUAAUUCCGAUAAGAUUUUAGAAGAAAUACAAUGUUAUAAGGGUGCUGGAAAGGAGAUACGAGAGGCGAUAGCUGACCCUUCUACGAUUACUCAGGAAAGAGCCUGGCGCGCCGUAAAACCUUUAGUUGACAAACUCCUGCGGUUCUAUAACCACUCCUUGGAAUUGCAACGGGUGAGUCAUUUUAUUAACAAAGAAUCCUUGCUUUAG